AUGUCUUCGGAAAUAGAGGGUACAUCAAAUCCAGUAGUGGACUGGCAGGAGACCGCGAAGGGCCUGGCAGCUGGAGCCGCUGGGGGUGUUGCGCAGGUACUUAUCGGACAGCCUUUUGGUCCGACUCCAGACACAGGCCGGAAGCACAGCGCUCUCGGUGGCACGUCGCACCUGGACGCGAGAAGGACCGCUUGCGGAAGUCUGGUCCCCUUGUUAGGAGUCGGUGCCUGCGUCAGCAUCCAGUUCGGCGCAUUCCACGGCUUCCGCCAGCUCAUCGAGCAUUACAAUAAAGCCCACCGACCUGGUGGCGGCGCAGAUCUGUCGCUGCCCCAGUUUUAUCUCGCCGGCGGUUCGGCGGGCGUGGCCAAUAGCGUCGUCUCGGGCCCUGUCGAGCACAUCAGGAUCCGGCUCCAGACACAGCCUCAUGGCAAGAAUAGCAGGCUGUAUUCUGGACCUUGGGACUGCGUGCGGAAGAUUAUCCGGACCGCCGGUGUAUCUGGGCUGUAUCGUGGACAGGUUGUUACCUUGUUGCGUGAGUUCCAUGGCUACGGGGUGUGGUUUGCGGCGUAUGAGGGGCUGCUUGGUGUCUUGCAGGAGAGAGAGCAGAAGACGCGUGAACAGCUUAGUAGUUGGCAGAUUGCGCUAUGCGGGGGUCUAGCUGGGGAGGCGUUGUGGUUGUUGAGCCAUCCGCUGGAUGUCAUUAAGAGUAAGAUGCAGAGUGAUGGGUUUGGGCCGCAGGGGCGGUAUCGCACGAUGAGGUAUGCGUUUCGGGCUACUUGGGAGAAUGCCGGUGUGCGCGGGCUCUUCCAGGGCCUUGGGCCAGCCUUGCUCAGAGCGAUGCCUGUCUCUGCUGGGACCUUUGCGACGGUUGAGGUAGUGCGCAAGUUGCUUAGCUAG